AUGGCAAAGUGGACCUCCUUGGUGUAUUUGGUCAUUGCAGUGCUGUUCUGGACAGUUUGGGGAGACCUAAAUGGAGCUAACGAUCUGGACUGCAGCUUUAUGGACUCUUUUGAUGAAUCUUUUGUCCUCCCGCACUCCUUGAUCCCUUAUAACAUCUCUGUUUCACAAAGUUCUUUUAAUCCACACGACGAAAUCACAGUAACUCUACAAGUUACCAACAGCACUGGAUUCAACAGAUUCCUGCUCCAGGCCCAAGGCCCUAAUGGAACUGCUCCUUUUGGUACUUUUCAAAUCACAGAUAGAAACACACAAGGCCUCACGUGUAGAAAUAUUGAGAACUCUUCAGUAAGUCACAGGGACAGCAGCAAUAAGCAGUCAGUCCAAACAGUUUGGAUAGCACCCCCUGAAAGUGGAAAUAUUCAAUUCAGAGCAACUGUGUUUCAAGAUUUGGAUGAACCUGCAGUUAAUAUUAAAAGCCAGACUCUCCAAACUUUGACAGUAUCAACUAAGACUUUACAAUUGAUGAAUUCCAGCGACUGUGGUAAAACCAAGUUUUGUUUCAGAAGUCCGGAAAACUGUGACCCCACAGACCCAAAUUGUCUGUUCAUGUCUUCUGAGUUGCUGGCUGAUCAGAGUUUCAGAUUUGAAAUGAGCAGCCUUUCUGAGGGUUAUGUUUCCAUUGGGUUUUCCAGUGAUACUUUAAUGGGGAAUGACGAUAUUUAUAACUGCUUGCUGAAUGAAACUGGAGAAGUAAUAGUACAAUAUGCCUCAACAACUGGCCGAAGCCGUCCAGACGUUAAACCCCUGGGUGAAGUGAGGAAUAUAGAGACAUCUUUUGACAGUGGUGUCAUCAAAUGCAGUUUCAUCACUAGCAAUCCAAUAUCAAUUGAAGACAAUGAUUCUGAAGGCCUCUAUUAUGUUUUUCUGACUUUGGGACCAGUUCAGGAUGGAAAUAUACGGAAACAUCCUGACACUCCUUUAGUAACAACUCGGAAAGUAAACAUUUCCCAACCAACAGAAGGAGAAGGUUCCUUCCCAUCUACACCAAUUCUUAUUAAAGUUCAUGGUUCUCUGAUGCUGAUCUCCUGGAUGACAUUAGGAAGCAUAGGCAUGGUCUUUGCCCAUUACUGGAAAGGGGUGAUGGUAAAACGAGUCCUUGGCAAAGAACUCUGGUUUCAGGUCCACACAUCUCUGAUGACAUUGACAGUGAUAUCCUCAAUAAUAGCUUUUAUACUGCCCUUCAUACAUGUCCAAGGAUGGAGUGGCAAUUGGCCUCAUCCUAUUAUAGGUUGUAUUGUAAUGGUACUGGCUUUCCUUCAACCAGUGAUUGCUCUCUUUCGACCUCCACCUCAUCAUAAAAGGAGAAUUUUCUUUAAUUGGUUCCAUGGUCUAAAUGGUCUUGUAUUAAGGAUUUUGUCAGAUGCUGCUCUGUUUCUAGGAUUGAAGAGUAUUGAUGCAUCUCCCAAUGGAUGGAUGGAAAAAGUGAUGGCAGGAUUAGUUAGCUGGGAAAUAUUAAGAGAUGUGCUGUUCUAUGCAAAUUUCUGUUUUUGGAGGAAAAAUGGUGAUAAAAACCCAAAAGGAAAGAUAAAAAAUGAAAAAAUGCUGCUAAUAGUUUACCUCUGUGGAAACCUCAUAUUUGUAAUAACCCUGAUUGUUGGAAUUGGACAAUCCUAG